UCCCAGGGGUCCAUUAUACUGGAUGUGGUGGGUAGGAGGUCUCAGUACGUCAGCUCAGUACUGGAUGUGGUGGGUAGGACGUCUCAGUACGUCAGCUCAGUACUGGAUGUGGUGGGUAGGAGGUCUCAGUACGUCAGCUCAGUACUGGAUGUGGUGGGUAGGAGGUCUCAGUACGUCAGCUCAGUACUGGAUGUGGUGGGUAGGAGGUCUCAGUACGUCAGCUCAGUACUGGAUGUGGUGGGUAGGAGGUCUCAGUACGUCAGCUCAGUACUGGAUGUGGUGGUUAGGAGGUCUCAGUACGUCAGCUCAGUACUGGAUGUGGUGGGUAGGACGUCUCAGUACGUCAGCUCAGUACUGGAUGAGACUUCUAGUUAUUCCUGUACAGGUUUGAGACACUUCUAUCUCUUCCCCGUUCAGGUGAAUGGCAGGGACUACUCCAAAGCCAGCCAUGAUGAGGUGGUGGAGGUCAUCAGGAGAGACCCCAUCGUGGUGCAGGUCGUCCGUCACCAUGGCAACCCCGCCCACGCACACCAAACAUUUAAGGAGGUGCACGUGGUGGACGUGUGCACGCAGACUGACAUCACCUUCGAACACAUCAUGGCCCUGGCUAAGCUGAGACCUGCUACUCCACCUGUACCCGACAUCUGCCCCUUCCUGCUGUCAGACAGCUGUCACUCCAUCCACACCAUGGAGCAUGAGUUCUACGAGUGUCCAGAGUACCUCUCCAACACCCCAGCUGAAGUGGACAUGCCAGAUGAGUUUGAGUACGAGCAGGUAGAGCUGUGCCGGCUCAACAGUCAGGAGAAGUUGGGUCUGACGCUGUGCUAUCGGACUGACGAUGAAGAGGAUACAGCUAUCUACGUCAGCCACGUUGGACCCAAUAGCAUCGCUGCCAGGGAUGGGCGCAUUAGGGAAGGAGAUCGAAUAUUACAGAUCAACGGCUGUGACGUACAGGACAGGCAGGAAGCUGUCGCUCUCCUGUCCAGUGAGGAGUCCAGGAGUAUCGUUCUCCUGGUGACCAGACCAGAGGAGGCGUGGCUUGAUGAGGAGCACAAUGAAGUCCUUGAGGAGCUGAAGAUGGAGAUCCUAGAGGAGAGGAGGAACGAGGAGGCGCAGAAGACAGGAGGAGGAGAGGAGCAGGCCAAGCAGCUGGAGGAGGAUGACGUCAUGACAGACACGGCCACGUGUUCGUCCAAUACUCAGGACAAAGACAGCGGUAUGGGGACGGGGCGCAACGAGGAGAGCUCCGAACAGGAAGUCCUCCUAGCCCGUGUACAUCGGAGGCCUGCCCAGGGCCUGAGAGACCGAUGGAGGGCCGAGCAUGGCCAGGGGCUGGGCAGGAGGGUGGUGCCCUCGGACACCCCGGGACCCAGGGGUCUGAUCCAAGCCCAGGACGGCGAGGGCGGAGUGGGGUUAGGACUGGAGUGUGACAGCCGCUUCCAGCAGCUCGUGGAGCUCAAGUGCCAGAUCCGUAACGGCGGGGAGUGUGGUGUGUACUACAGCAGGAGAAGCACCAUGGAGUGCAGCCUGACGGAGCAGAGCGGGGUGGGGGUCAGUGAUGGAGGAGGGAUGGAACAGGAGCUGAGGAUGUUGAACGAGGAGCUGAGGAGUAUCGAGCUGGAGUGUCAGAGCAUCAUGCAGGCCCACCAGCUCCGCAAGACCAAGAGGGACCCCCCCUGCGCCCCUAUCUGCUCCCCAGGACGGAGCCCCAAAGACGGGCGUAAGCGGCAUGCCAAGCUGGCCGAUAUCAACGAGCAUCCAGGGGAGAGGCCGUGGGACAGCGACAAGCUAAGGGGGGACAAGGACAGCUCCAGUGCCUAUAACACAGCUGAGAGCGCCAGGUCCACUCCUCUAGGCAUGGAGAGAUCCCCGGACCACUCUCUACAGAGACGCAUCAGCCUCACCAACCAGAAGAACCUCCAGAGUACAAUGGCAGCCUCCGGCCAGUCCAUCUCCAUCCCCAUCCCAGACAGAGAGCUCCAAAGUGGGACCUCGACUGGGCACAGCCGACAGGAUCCCAACCCCAGCCCAGGCACCACGGUCAUCUCCAGCAGCCCCGACCAGUCCAACCCCUCCCCCUCCGAGUCAGACCCGGCCCUGCCUGCAGACGACGAGCGCUGCGACCGCACCAGGAGCCACCGGGGGCCACCCAAGGUCCCUACCUACCCAUCCCCCUACCACACAGCCCCCCAGCAGGGCCAGGGCGCCUCUCCGGCCCACGCCAGACACCUUCAGAGCUACAUGCAGCAGCUCCUCCAGCAGACCUCCAGUCUGGAGACCUACUCCCAGUCCCAGCUCAGCCUCCUCAGUGUCUGCCGGGAGCGCUCCGGCCGCCCGGGGGAACCACGCCUCGAGUGGAAGGUCAAAGUUCGAGCCGACGGGACGAAGUAUGUAACCCGGCGCCCGGCGAGGGACCGAAUUCUACGAGAACGGGCGCUGAGGAUCAGGGAGGAGCGUAGUGGAGGGAUGACCACGGACGACGACGCUAUGUCCGAGAUGAAGAUGGGGCGGUACUGGAGUAAAGAGGAGAGGAAGCAGCAGCUGGCCAGAGCCAGGGAGCAGAGGAGGAGGAGGGAGUACAUGCAGAGGAGCCGGCUGGAGUGUCUCAGAGAGGGGCCGGGGAGCGGGGCCGAGGGCCGUAAAGAGGUCAACAUCCUGGAACUCAGCCACAAGAAGAUGAUGAAGAAACGCAACAAGAAGAUCCUGGAUAACUGGAUGACCAUCCAGGAACUAAUGAGUCACGGGGCCAGAGCACCUGAGGACCAGGGGACUAAACAAGUACACAAUGCCUUCCUGUCUGUUACUACAGUAUAGGACCACAGCUCUGGGUAGAAGUUACCCUGUACACACAGAUUUAGGAUCAGUUGAAACUACCCAGGUCGGGCAUUAACUAUUUGGAGGAUAAUGCAACUGACCUCAGAUCAGUGUCUAGGGACAACCUUGCCUCAUACCCCUCUCUCUCUCUCUCUCUCUCUCUCUCUCUCUCUCUCUCUCUCUCUCUCUCUCUCUCUCUCUCUCUCUCUCUCUCAUCGCGUCCAUGCGGUAUGACCUUACUUGCCUCGUUCAAUGUGGCAUUUUUUAUAAUGGGGAAAGUACGAUAUUUUUCACACUUUGUAAACUCAGUAACAUUUUGUAAAAUGAUUUUUUUACACUGGUUGUCGAUGUACUGUAAUAUGUUUUCUGCAGUUGCUUAUUUAUGAUGUCAUGAAACAUGUUUCUAUCAAAAUCAGAAUUCUCCGUAAACCACAUCGUCAUCGAAGUCAAAGACAUCGUUGUACGUUAUCAUGUAUGCAUUGUUUAUCCAACAUGGCAGUGAUUAACUGUAGCGGUCAGAAAUGUGACGACCAUUGACCAGACAACUGAGAACAAACACUUGAACACACAUACACACGUCAAUGUUCAUCAUCAGCCCAAAAGGAGGCUCUUGUGCAGAAUCUUCCUUGUCUUUUACUGAGGAUCGACCAUAUAACUGCACAACCCUCUCAGACCCAUUCAGUAUGCCAAGCUGGCCAUGUUCAGUAUGUCAAGCUGGCCAUGUUCAGUGUGUCAAGCUGGCCAUGUUCAGUAUACCAAGCUGGCCAUGUUCAGUAUGUCAAGCUGGCCAUGUUCAGUAUGUCAAGCUGGCCAUGUUCAGUAUGUCAAGCUGGCCAUGUUCAGUAUGCCAAGCUGGCCAUGUUCAGUAUGCCAAGCUGGCCAUGUUCAGUAUGUCAAGCUGGCCAUGUUCAGUGUGUCAAGCUGGCCAUGUUCAGUAUACCAAGCUGGCCAUGUUCAGUAUGUCAAGCUGGCCAUGUUCAGUAUGUCAAGCUGGCCAUGUUCAGUAUGUCAAGCUGGCCAUGUUCAGUAUGCCAAGCUGACCAUGUUCAGUAUGUCAAGCUGGCCAUGUUCAGUAUGCCAAGCUGGCCAUGUAGAAAGAGUGAAGACACUAAAUCUCUGAAGGACGAAGCCAUUUCCUUCUUAGAAUGUAUAGUUAGCUUUCAUCAUUUCUGAAAAUGUAAAGUCAGUUCUCUUGGAAAAUUAAAAAAAUUCCACAGAAUGUCAAUAAUUUAGUGGUGUCUCAGAGGUUUUCAGUUUCUCAGUUUAAAGCAGUCUUGACGGAAAGGUUCACUAGUCAAUAGUUUUUCCUCAACCUUUCAUUGCAAAUGUGAUCGCAAUGGUUCUCAUCAAUGGUAUAAUUAAAAAAGUUAAUUGCUUACUGAUUAAAUAACAACAUUAAUUGAAUUGAUUUGAUUGUUCCAUGAAUACAUUAAAUGUAAUUUAUAAAUACAAAACAUAUUUAUUAUUUUUUAUUGCUUAUUUUCAAUUAUUGUACAUUUAUUAGCCUACAUAUGCAUAUUUUCGGACCUGUCUGAAGAUCUGUUUGUAUUGUCAAAAUAACACAAGUUAUUGUCUCUAAUGUAUUAUAUUUCACCUAACAGUCCUUCCUAGCAUUUGGUGAUGCUUCACUCUGAUGCUUUUCACUGUACACUUCUCUUCUAUCUUUGCUCAGUGUUUAUCGUCUUAUUUCAAGUAAUCGGUAGUUGGUAACUUCAUAGGCAGGUCAAUGUGUGCUAAUUGUGAUAUUUGCAAAGGAAAUGUUAAUAAAUUAUUGUUUAUCUUUAUGAA